UCGUCCAAAGAUGGCAGCGUCCGUGUGGAAGCGUUGUGUGACUGCAGCUGUCAAAGUUAAAUGUUUAUCUCCUUCUUUUUCAGGCAGGAGAUGGCUGCUCUCAGCAGCUUACACAGAUACCAAAGUGUGGGAGGCGAGAGAGAAAGAUCCUCAGAACCUGGCUAUACUGGCCCAAAAUAUGGACCGGACAUACGAGAGAAAUCUCCCAGUUAGCUCUCUGACUGUGUCUCGGUUUGUUGACAACAUUUCAUCUCAACAGGAAGUUGAUCAAGCAGAGUACUACCUUUACAAGUUUCGCCACAGUCCAAACUGUUGGUACCUGAGAGACUGGACCAUCCACAGUUGGAUCAGGCAGUGUCUAAAAUACGGAGCCAGAGAGAAGGCUCUGCACACACUCAAAAACAAGGUCCAGUAUGGAAUAUUCCCUGAUGACUUCACCUUCAACCUGCUUAUAGAUUCUUACAUCAAGGAUGGAGACUUUAAAAGUGCAUGCUCUGUGGUUGAAGAGGUGAUGCUCCAGGAGGCCUUCGACCUUCCCUCGACACAGAUCCUGUCUCUUUACGCCCUGGGCAGUUACCUAGCAACCAGACCACAACUCACUGUGUCAGAAGAGCGGGCACUGGGAGCAUCACUGCUCAUCUGCGGACUGACUCAAGACAACACUGUCGGCCUCAGUGCUCAGCUACUCGGCAAUGCUCUGCUUGGCAAGGUGGAGAUGUUACAGGGCAUACAUGCCGUGUUCAAAGGGAUGCCUCUCAGCUGGGAGCGUGGAUAUCUGGGCCGAGCGCUGGCAGUCAUGGAGAGAGUGGCUGCUGCUUCUGGUGGAGUCAAGCUGCACAAAGACACACUGGACAACAUGAUUGACUUGCUGCAGGAACUGUCUGCUACCUCAGACAGCGACUCCUCCGGAGAGGAGUCAGCAGGUGAAGAGGAAAAGAAAGACAGCGCUGUGGAUGAAGAUGAUCAGGCAGAGCAGGCCAAGCUUCCUCAGUAUGUCAGCAGAUUCAAGGAAAUGAGCAGCCAGCUGGAGUCUCAGGGUAAAGUGGACUCUGCCUCCUUCCAGGCUUCAGUGACCGCUCUGGCCCAGCAGAACCUGGCCACUGUGGAGAAACUAGACUUGGACCAGUACGAGAGCAGGGUGCAGGCCUGGGAGGCGGAGAAAAGGCAGCUUGUCCAGAGAGAGAACGAGUUGAAGGAGAAGGCCGAGCAGGAGAGGCAGGAGCGUUUAGCUGCCAGGGCUGCAGCCCAGCAGGCUUAACUUUCCACUGAAAUAGUGUUAUCGAGUUUUAUGUCUGUAAAAUUGUGAAGUAUAGACAUUAAUAUCAAUACAUCUGCUUGUGUCACUAGUUACUUUUGUAUAUAACAAUUAUUGUGUGCUUAUGUGAUAAGUAUUGCUCUGUUUUUAUACAAUGAAAUAGGGCAAUAUAAAUAUAUUGCCAAAAUAAAAUUAAUUUUCAGUUGUAUCAGAAA